AUGGCCCCAGGAAGUGUCUCCAGUUCUUCUUUCUCCUCCUCUCCCUCUAGGGACACGUCACCUUCUGGGUCACCUGAGCUCCAUGAGACUCACAAACCAGGUCCAAACCCCAGGAGAGUCCUAGUAGGCCGACGGAACCCGACAAUGCUCCGCAUGGUGCUGGAGGCUCUGCAGGCCAGGGAGAAGCGCCAGGGCACGUCAGUUGUAGCCAUCAAGCUCUACAUCCUACAUAAGUACCCCACAGUGGAUGUCACCCGCUUUAAGUACCUGUUGAAGCGGGCCCUGGACACUGGCAUGCGCCGAGGCCUCCUCACCAGGCCUGCCAACUCCAAGGCCAAGGGUGCCACUGGCAGUUUCAAACUAGUUCCCAAGUCCAAGAAAAAGAGAACCUGUUCCUCAAUAGCCCGAAGGGGAGCCACAGAUGCCAAGAAGACAGGUCCCAAGAAACCUACGGAGCUGAAGACAGACCAUGCUGGCAAUACCAAGAUAGAAAAGGUGGUUCUAAAACCAGGACCGAAGACGAAGGCUUGUUCCUACCCAGCAGCCACCUUGGAGAAGGCACCUACGAAAGCCAGCAAGGCAAAACUGGGAGAGGUCAGAAAGGCCCCCCUAAAACCAGACAAAGCCACACGGGCCCCUCCCACUGCCAACAAGAUAGGCCAGAAUGUCAGAUGCAGUGGGAGCAGGCAAGAAGCAGAGGCCUAUAGGAAAACCAAAGAUGUGUGUGAGAAAUCGGAGCCCUCGGCCAGCAAGGUCCAGAAUAGUGUUGCUUCCCUUACCAAAAGGAAGAUGGCAGCUGCGGCCCACACUGAGACAGUUGUUCAGGGGGCUAGGACGGUACACAAGAGCAAAGCACCUGCUCCUCCCCAGGACAUGGCAUGCAAAGCACAACCCACACACAGGGUCAGGAGAACAAAGACCCCCGAGAACUCCAAAAGGCCUGGGUUACCCCCCAAGACCUCAUCCAAGGUGCCCAGCAAGAAGGCCGAGGCUGGUAGCUAG